UUUCCUUCCCAAAUUCCAAAUAAAUUACCCAAUUAUUCUCUCUUCUCUCUCAUUCUCUUUGUUUUCCAUCUUCACCAAUUCUCCAAACCCUAAUCUCAAGCAAUCACCGGUAACUUUUUUCCAUCAUCUCAUAAUUACUUUGUGAAAUUCGCCGAUUCUUCCGAUCCAAAACGGAGUUUUUCGAUCUCUUUUUUCUUGCGAUAUUCAGGAAUCAUGGCUCUCGCCCAGACUUACUAUUCACAAGGUGGCCCUUUUCGUGGAGACUCCAGGUCUUUUUAUGGCAGAAACCAGAGUAGAGGAAUGGUCCAUUCCUCUGCUUACAACAAUUAUAACACUGUUGAUACCCAUCUUUUCAACUCUAAUAGUUCCCAUGACGUGGGUAGAAAUUUUAGCGAGUAUAGCUACAGUUAUGAUAAUCUCAUAAAGCCUGAGGCUGAACCUUCUUCGAAGAGGAGGAAGUGCUCAACUUCUGGUUGGGAAAGCACUGGCAGGUACUCUCAAGCACCCAAUGCAUGUAAAGAUGUUCCUUCAAAGCAACAACGCACAUGCUAUAAUGUUCCUUUAAGGAAUUCCAGAGCGUAUGAUGACGCCUAUCCAACCCGUAACAAUAAUUCUGCCACUACUACCACUACUUCUAGACCUCGUUCUGAUGCAAGCGCACCCACUUGUUCUAAGCGCGACCGCUCAUGGCUUGAAGAUACCGAAACUGAUAAUAUCUUUAUGUCCAAAGAGGAAAUUGAGAAAUGCUCUCCAUCCAGGAAAGAUGGUAUUGAUGCAAUGCAUGAAGCACAUUUGCGAUACUCAUAUUGUGCUUUCCUUCAGAACCUUGGAAUUCGCUUGGACCUGCCACAAACCACUAUAGGAACUGCCAUGGUUCUGUGUCACCGCUUCUUUGUGAGGCGAUCACAUGCAUGUCAUGACAGAUUUUUGAUUGCUACUGCUGCUCUCUUUCUUGCGGCGAAGUCAGAAGAGACUGCAAGGCCUCUCAACAAUAUUCUGAAGGUCUCAUGUGAAAUUUUCCACAAGCAGGAUCUUGCAGUUCUAUCAUAUUUUCUACCCGUGGACUGGUUUGAGCAGUACCGUGAACGCAUUACUGAGGCUGAACAGAUGUUAUUGACCACUCUAAAUUUUGAACUGACUGUGCAACAUCCAUAUGAAUCUCUUACAUCCACCCUUGAAAAAUUAGGGCUCUCUGAAACAGUGUUGGUGAAUCUGGCACUACAUCUUGUCAGUGAAGGGCUCCGAAGUUCACUCUGGCUGCAGUUCAAGCCUUACCAGAUUGCUGCUGGGGCUGCAUAUCUUGCAUCAAAAUUUCUGAACAUGGAUUUUGCUUCACAUCAUUCUGUCUGGAAAGAGUUUCAAACACCGCCAAAUGUACUUAGAGAUGUUGCACAACAGUUGAUGGAGCUCUUUUAGGAGAUUAUGAGAGAGCAGUAACAUGAGCAUCUCAAAAAAGACGAUAUCAACAUUUUUUCAGUCUUGGCUUGGUAGAUGUAUUUGUAGAUUCUACCAUCAUGCAUAGUAUUAAUUUGGG